ACAAGAAACAUGGAACGGUGGUGUAUCACUGAAAAAAGACAAUCGAUUUGCUGCAAAGAUACAGCAUCACAUUGACUUCUGACUGUGAUUCAAUGGCCGUUGUGUCAUUUUGAUUUAUGGAAUAAUCGUCUUACCCUUCGAACGAUACAAAUGUGUUAUGCAGGAUUAUAAUAAAGGUGUUAAUUUGUGUGAAAACUAAAAGGGAAUCGAUAUGUUACCUUUGCCCGCCGCAGCGAUGUUGAAGAACCUCCAUCAGCGAGCAACCUCAAAUUUUCUCAUGAAAAAUUUGCUACAGCACGAAGCGGCACCGGCAUCGGACUUCAGUCUUACGUUCAAUCUGGCAGCUAGUUUCGUUGCUUGUCAGCGUGAAACGGAGGCUGAAUAUCUGAGACUAGGUAGAGAUAUGAUGAUGCUUGCUAGUGGUGAGUCUGGAAACAUUGAACAACUACGCCAACAACAGAAUCUUCAGCACCAGCAACAGGAUGUUGCGAGCUCGGGUAGAACAUCGGUUGAAAGUGCCGUGGGUGGUGGACAAUUAGACAUUAACAGUAGCGAAGCUCACCUCCAACAACUGACGAUGCUAGACCAAGCAAUGGCCGGGAGGAAUUCCGUUGAAAGUAGGGAGGAAUGCCCUGCAGCGUUGGAUGAUCGCUAUCACUUGAAACGUUCGUCAAGCGGCGAAAUUUACCUGGACACUAAGAGGCUGAAGAGACACAACAAUAUGCUAGUAAACAGGUUCGAUCUCGUGCGACCGUCCAUCGAUAGAAUCGACAAUCGGUCAAACUCAGCGGCCGAAUCGGCAAACUCAUUGGAUGAGCUCGACCAGACGUCCGGUGGAGAUCACGAGAUCGGCCCACCGCCGGAUCACGAGAUUUCUAAAUCAAUUGCUCCCGGGCAAAUGGAUAUGAAAAAGUUUGGCUGUUGCAUCGAUAACCCCAUCAAUAGUAGAUUAGCUGAUUUAGGAUCUGUCAGAGUCACCGGCCACAUCGACGUCCUCGUCGAAGAGGCUCACCGACAACAACAAAACGGCAGACUGAGCAGGAUCCAAGGCGUGAAGACCGAGGAUAACAGAAUAGGUGGUGAAGAGACGUGCACAUGCGGGGACGAACAGUGCCCUGGUAUGGGAGAGUGUAACAACCGUAGGAUCCAAGAGAAAGAAAAUCCGGAAUUAAAAUUCAGCGUGAGACGGAUAUUGGGCGACGAUUACAACAGAAGACCGAAUCCUGAAAACUUUUACCAAGGAUUGCAGGCGAGCAGCGUGGCGAGUUUUCCGCAAAGUUUGCAGCAAAACGCUGGUGGUUAUAUAAUAACGAAACCAAUAGCGAGGCCGGCGGCGUAUCACCCUCAUCAUCCGCCCCCGCAGCAUCAUUUUCCGGCCAACACCCACACGUUCCAGCUUCUAGCAUGCAGAGCGCCUUAUAUUUCAGUUUCGAAUAUCAACGGUGGGAACCAUCAUCCAGCUGCAGGAGGAGGAACUUUUUCUGGGAACGUGCAAGCGGGUAUGGAUCUUGCUAAUAUUGGAAUCGGUUUUCCAUGGUCUGGUAGUACGAGAGGAAGACCACGAAGGGGCAUGAUGAAGCGAGCAGUUUUCUCGGAUUCUCAAAGGCGAGGCCUCGAGAAGAAAUUCACGAACCAAAAAUACAUCAGCAAACCAGAUCGUAAGAAACUUGCUGAGAAACUGGGACUCAAAGAUUCUCAGGUUAAAAUAUGGUUUCAAAAUCGUCGAAUGAAAUGGCGAAACACGAAGGAACGACAACUACUGGCAAAGGGUGGUUCCCGCGAACAAACGUUGCCCAACAAAAAUAAUCCGCAUCCCGAUUUGAGCGAUGCCGAUGGAGAAAAACCGCGAAUCGAUUACAACGAUCCGAGCUCACCAUCGAGUUCGAAAACACGGGAGGACUGCACGGACAAUGAGGACGAAGAGGAAAUAAACGUCACGUGAUAAGAUCGCUGCUCGAUCUUCAGCGAUGGAUGUUCUAAAUGAAAAAAUAAAAUAUCUGGAGUCGCGGCAGCGACUCUGAGUCAAGUACAUUUACGAGUUGCUGCCAGAGACUCUUUACCGGAGCGAUAGCGUUUCCAAUUUCGUAAUUAAUGAAGGGGGAAAAACUGCAAAAACACAACUGACCCAAACGCUGAGACGCGACGAGAUAAUUCGAUAUUACACGGAAAACCGAGUCGUGAAAUUUUCACUUUCGUUUGACCUAAUGAAAAUCUACUGCUUCGAGGAGAAAGUCAACUGUUGAGAAGAGGAAAAAAAUAUUCGAAAUUAUUUCGAAUCAUGUAUGAUAUUGUAAUUAGAAUUGUGGGUGUAUCUAUAUCGUCGCAACGUGUCUCCCAAAAAUUAUCGUAAUGACAGGUUGUAC